AUAUUACAUGCACCUUUGCAAUUAUUUUUCCACUUCUUGCAUCACAUACAUUCACACCAAAAGUUCAUUUCUAAACUUCUACUACAUACAAUUAGCAGUAGUUUUCAUUUACUUCUAGCUACAUCAACUGAAGUUUAAUUGUUAGUGCAAAUCGCAAAAGAUCAGGUAAAGAUCAUAGAUGGCAGCAGACGUGGCGACGAGAAGCACGAUCGGAGUGACGGAGAUGGCGAGGAAUGCCAUGGCUACGGAGGCUCUUUAUGCCCCUACCACUGUCGAGCGUAGAGUACGCACUGACUUGGAGGUUUCCCUUCCUAAGCCUUAUCUGCCAAGAGCACUCUCUGCACCUGAUACAGAUCAUCCUAAUGGAACACCAGGCCAUUAUCAUCAAGGAAUGAGUGUUCUUCAACAGCAUGCAGCCUUUUUUGACCAAAAUGAUGAUGGAAUCAUAUACCCUUGGGAAACUUUCUCUGGUUUACGCUUGAUUGGGUUUAACACGAUUGUAUCUAUCAUCAUAGCCGUCGUUAUUAAUGCAGCACUGAGUUGGUACACUCUUGAUGGGUGGCUUCCUUCUCCUCUUAUGCCGAUAUACGUGCACAACAUACACAGGGCCAAGCACGGGAGUGAUUCUGGGACUUACGACACUGAAGGAAGGUACGUUCCUGUCAACUUGGAGAAUAUAUUUAGCAAGUAUGCUCGUACAGUCCCUGACAAACUGUCAUUUGGAGAGCUUUGGAGCAUGACAGAGGGGAACCGGGUGGCAUUUGACCCAUUUGGCUGGAUUGCAAGCAAGUUAGAGUGGGGAGUUCUAUACAUACUUGCUAGGGAUGAUGAAGGUUUCCUAUCUAAAGAAGCUGUGAGGCGGUGUUUUGACGGCAGCUUGUUCGAGUAUUGUGCAAGGAUGAAUAUGGGCAUCGAAGGGAAGAUGUAUUAAGGCAUACGUUUCAUAGUUCAUCUACUGUUGAAGUCUGUUAAGUAUUGGCAAAAGUUAUUUUGCUGCUGUUGAUAGAAUAACGCUGUAACUAGUGAACUCCGAAGUAUAGCUCAGUGACAGUCACUGAUGUAAGCAUGUGUAUAAUGUCUGCGGAAAACAUGCACAAGCUGUAGAAACUGCCUACAUCAACGUUUGUUAGAGAUUGUUUUAUGUCAACUCAAGUCUUUGUUUGCGUAUAUGUUACAAAUUGGUUUAUGUCA